AUGAAACUACCUUCCCUUCGCCUUUUCGCUGCAUCGAGCUUGCUUUUCGUCUCAUCUCUCUCACUAAUUUCACUCGCUCACCCCAUACGCUCGUUACAAGCUGUCGAAUCGACUUCUUUUUCUCAAAAUUCGGAUAUCCAACAUCUACUCGCAGGGAAUGCCAAAUUCCGCGCCGAAAUAAACAAGGAGCAUCCAGGAUUCCUGAACUCCUCGGGAAAUAGCGCACAAGGUAUAGCACCUCCUCAGGCACUAGCCAAACUCAUCUACUCGGUGAGGCUCUUCCACAUUACAUCAUCCUGCGCGCAUCCUCUGACUUGGCUUGGCUUGGACAGGGUUAGCGAGGGCACGAUAUUCCAUUCCCUUCCAGGGGAGCUAUUCGCUGAACGCAACAUCGCGAACCAAUUCCGUGAAUCGGACACCAACGCAGAAGCAGCCCUAAUCUACGCUAUUGAACACCUUGGCGUCAGCCAUAUUCUCGUCACGGGCCACUACGGAUGCGGAGGUGUUGCGACAGCUAUUGCAACAGCGUUCUCGCCGCCAGAUAUGACCGAUCCCAUACAACGUUUCAUCCAACCGAUACGAAAGUUGUAUCUCAACUCGGACAGGCACGUUCCAGAUAUCCCGCCUGAAAUCGAAAAACUGCGGGAGCAGAACCGACGAACUCGACCCGUCCCAACACCAGAGUUGCACGAGCCCGGUUUCCGAGCCCUCGUCGAGGAAAAUGUGAAAGUCAAUGUUGAGCGGAUACUCAAAGCAGCCCGAUCCGUCCACGAGAGCGGGAAGGAUGUGUAUGUUCAUGGUUGGGUAUAUGACAUGGAAAACGGGAGGAUCCUCGACUUGGAAGUCAGUGUCAAGGUUUAG